AUGAAUAGACACCACGGUUUCACCAAUGGCUAUGCCGCCAGCAAGAAACGCGACGACUAUGGCCCAUACAGCGACCGACCUGAUCUAGAAAGCAAGUACAUCUGGGGCAUGCACGAUCUCGUCGAGGAUGAAAAGACGGACGGCGGGUUUGGCCGUCGCUUCGAACCCCGCAAGAAAGCACUACACUCUCGCUCCCGGCUGAUGAGACUGGGCCUGUUCGCCCUGGGCAUCGUUGCACUGGUCGUCUAUUUCGUCUUCCCUUCAGCGCUACCGGGUCCUUUAUUUUCAACCACCGCCCUAAGCUCAGAUACCUCCGACAUUGAAACCCUUCGAUAUUACGACCUGUCGGAUGCUCAGGGAUCUUCCGUGGGCUGGCAGCGCGAGGAGCGGGUCUUGCUCUGUACUCCUCUGAGGGAUGCUGCACCGCAUCUGCCCAUGUUCUUCGCCCACCUACGAAACUUUACCUAUCCGCACCACCUGAUCGACCUCGCAUUUCUGGUCUCGGAUUCCAAGGACAAUACCGCGGAAUUGCUUUCACAAUUGCUCGAAGCGCAGCAGGCCGAUCCCGAUCCUGCCCAACACUACGGGGAAAUCUCUGUCAUCCACAAGGACUUUGGGCAGGCCGUUAGUCAAGAUUUCGAGAGUCGACAUGGGUUUGCCGCCCAGGCGAGCCGACGAAAACUCAUGGCCCGUGCCCGAAACUGGCUUCUCAGUGCCGCUUUGAGACCGUAUCACAGUUGGGUAUAUUGGCGUGACGCUGAUGUCGAGACUUGUCCAUACACCGUUAUCGAGGAUUUGAUGAGACAUGACAAGGAUGUUACUGUGCCGAACAUCUGGCGUCCGUUACCUGACUGGCUGGGCGGGGAACAACCAUACGACCUAAACAGCUGGCAAGAGUCGGAGACUGCAAUCGCCCUCGCCGAGACUCUAGAUGAAGAUGCCGUCAUUGUGGAAGGAUACGCCGAAUACGCCACGUGGCGGCCGCAUCUGGCCUACCUUCGAGACCCAUACGGAGAUCCUGACGUUGAAAUGGAACUGGAUGGAGUUGGCGGUGUAUCGAUUCUAGCAAAGGCUCGCGUCUUCCGGGCCGGCGUCCACUUUCCGGCAUUCUCGUUUGAGAGACACGCCGAGACUGAAGGGUUUGGCAAGAUGGCUCGACGCAUGGGGUUUUCGGUCAUUGGACUGCCCCAUUACACCGUCUGGCAUCUUUACGAACCGUCUGUGGAUGAUAUUAGGCAUAUGGAGGAGAUGGAGGCGGAGAAACGAGAACGAGAGAAACAAGAGAAAGAGAAUGCGGCCAGGGCCAAAGAGAUCCACGAGGAAUUCCAGCAAGUCGAUUCACAGUGGGAAGAAGACAAAAAGGCCAUUGGCGGUAGUGGUGGUGAUGAUGAUACUACCGGACAAGAAGCAAAAGGAGAUACGAGAAAGAAGGAGGGUGUCAAAAAGAUCAACACCCACAACAAGGACGACGCCGGCACGAAACAAGAUGCAGGCAAAAAAUCUGAUGGCAAAGAAGGUGCCGCGGAUGAGAAGAAACAAAAAGCCAAACCCGAGCGGAAAAUGGGUCAAGCGGAGGACGACUCCGACGAUGAUUGGGGAGAUCUUAGCAUUGAUUGA